GGUUUACUCAUUUCUUCCGGGUGAAUAGGAUGUUGUGAUUUAGCUGUAGGCUAACGAGCUCUCAACAGAGUUUUUACAAAAUUUCAGGUUAUGUUCGUUGCUUAAAACUACAAAUGUCUGCGUCUUCCGAACCGGGAAUAUCAAAAGCAAGGGAUUUGAAUCCAGCGACGCUCUCGACGAGUAAAGCACAGACAGCGGCGGCGUUAGUUGCUCAAGCCCGGAGCAAGAAGCGAGCCGUCAGUCCUGCGACCCACACAGCACUUCAGCCAAAUAAUAACAACAGCAAAAAGAAAAAAACACAACCUGCAUCGUUAACUACUCAAGCUCAGGUUGCCCCAGUAGAAGGGACUUCUGAAGGAAAACCAGCGGCAGCUGUUGAUGUAGAGACUGUUACCAAGAGUCUGCCUUUUAAAAACCCUAACUUUGUGCACUCAGGUAUUGGUGGAGCAGCAGCAGGGAAGAAGAACAGGACUUGGAAGAAUCUGAAGCAGAUUUUAGCAGCAGAGAAAGCACUGCCCUGGAAAAUCACUGAUCCUAACUACUACAGCAUAGAUGCACCUCCUUCUAUGAAACCUGCUAAAAAGUACUCGGACAUCUCAGGUCUGCUGGCAAACUACACUGACCCUCAGACGAAACUGCGCUUCGCAUCAACGGAGGAGUUUUCCUACGUCCGUCAGUUGCCCACAGACGUGGUGACCGGAUACCUGGCUCUCCGCAAAGCCACUUGCAUUGUGCCGUGAGAGAGAACCCCACAAUAAAGAGGGUUGAUGCUCUCUUCCAGGCAUAGACUUUCAUUGGAUUAUUUAGAAUGAACUACUUUUAUUAUUAUUUUUCUUACACUGUUUAUUUUACACAAACUUGUCUGAAAUUGUCUAUAUGUACCUGUAUGUGAACCAAAUAUUAUACAAUGCAAAUGCACGUUGUAACUCCUUAACCAAGAGACUGUUCUCGUCCUUCAAUAUUAGACAAUAAAUCAUAUUAAGACAGCAUUGUACAGUCACAGGAGCAGAUCUUAAACUGAUCCAAAUACUGGUGUGAACUAUAACCAGUAACACAAUGCAAAUUAGACGAUGAAUAGAGACAGGUCUCACACACUCUAGAAAAGUAACAAUUUCUGUUGUCAAUCUCAUAAAACCCCUUAUUAGGGGUUCACAAUGUGGCCAAUGAAUAAAGUCUUUGUUUUUAUAAUCAUA